AUGGUCAAAUUCAGACGUAGCAGCGGGCGCGCCUCGUCGCAUAAUCACUCUCUUUCGAUUCCUGAGAAAGACCCCACGGCCAUUAUCCCUCCCAAGAAGGUCAUCAAGGCCUUGUACGACUGGGACGCUCCUAACGACAACCCCUCGGUCCGCUUCCUAUCCUUUGCUUCUGGCGACUUUCUCCACGUAACCGGGCGCGAAGACGACACCGAGUGGUACGAGGCCUGCAAUCCGCUCCACAACUCGCGCGGCUUGGUGCCUGUGAGCUACUUCGAACAGGUCGGCAAGACUGUGCGCGACAGCACCACGUCGACGCCUAGCACGCAUCACGACAGUGGUUAUGCUGACAAGUCGUCGCACGACCCCUCAAGAAUGAGCAAGUCCUCGAUGGGCAGAUCCGGCGGCGCCCCCGUCUACGGUAUUGUCGCAUACGACUUCAAAGCCGAACGUCCCGACGAACUCGAGGCUCACGAAGGAGAAGCCAUCAUUGUUAUUGCGCAGUCAAACCCAGAAUGGUUUGUCGCAAAGCCAAUCACGCGACUAGGUGGGCCAGGCCUUAUCCCGGUAUCCUUCGUCGAGAUCAAGGACCUCACGAGCGGAAAGACGAUCGACUCAGCGGAGGCCAUAGCAAGAGCCGGUAUACCGAGGGUGGAAGAGUGGAAGAAGAUGGCAGCAGACUACAAGAACACCAGCAUUCCGUUAGGCCAGAUCGGCAACAUGCAAGCCGCGUCCCAGUCAUCAAUGGCAGGUCUGCAGUCGGGCAUGGAUCGCAUGAGUCUCAACAACGGCGCACACUCGCGCAACAUGUCGACGGUGUCGCGGCGCACCACGUCGCAGGCGCAUUCGCAAUACCCACUUGCGCCGUUACGCGCUUCGGUCCCGCGUUACAUGUACCUGGACGAGAAAUUCCACUUCAUUGUCGAGGCGACACUGGCCGACGGCUCUCAUUGGGAUCUCACGCGCAUCUACGAGGACUUUUAUGAGCUGCAGAUCAACCUCAUCAAGGCCUUUCCGGAUGAAGCUGGCAAUACAGGUCAGCCGCGUACUCUCCCGCUUAUGCCUGGUCCUGUACAAUUCGUGACAGACCGCAUCACUGAGGGCCGUCGGGACAAUCUUGACGAGUAUUUAUAUAAGCUGUUGCGCCUUGGUUCGCACGUCGUCAACAGCACGCUAGUCCGUGGCUUCUUCAGUCCUCAUCCUGGUGAUUACGAGAUAGAUCCCAACGUUGUCGAUCUUAACGAGCAUAGCCGUGCCGCGGCAGAGUCAAAGACCGACCGCUACUCAACUGCUUCCCACGCAUCAGGCCAGUAUGCCCCUUCGACCAACUCCGCACGUCAGUCUACUAGCGCACAGUCCUUCGCUGCGCACCAGCGUCAGCAGUCAUCUGUUGGAGCCGGGUCCAUGCGCGCACCUCCAGGCCACUACCGAACACCCUCUCAAUACACCGAUGCCACUGUACACACCACUCACACUGCCGCACCGCCUCUUGCCCGUCAAACCACUGCCAUGUCUACUGCAACAACAUCCUCAGCAGCAACAAGUGGUGGAGCAUUGAAAGUGAAGGUAUGGUUUGAUCGUGAGACUUGUGUCGUGCUGCGACUACCUCCACGUGGCGCUUUCAAUUUCGAUGACCUGUACCGAAAGAUUCUGGAAAGACGCAGACUGGAAUACGGCGAGUCAGACCCGCGCUCCGAGGAAACAGAACUCGACAUCGAAGUCCGCAACGAACGAAGUGGCGACUACACGCCGCUUAUAAAUGAUGAUACCUUGGAAGACGCAAUCCAACAGAAUGACAAGAUGAUGCUUGUUGUGCAGAGUGCUCACGGAGGUUGA